AUGAAUCAUACGACCCUCGCUGCGCUGACCUCCGCUGCCGUAUCUCUGUCUUACUGGCUUUUCUUUCGUCGCCGUCAAGUACCAGGCCCUGCUUCGCCUCUUCCACUCCCUCCGGGUCCCAGCCCUUUGCCUUUCCUUGGAAAUGUCUUGGACAUGCCACGGAAACGAGAAUGGGAGACUUUCUCUCGCUGGCACAAAGCCUAUGGGGAUAUUGUCUUCGUUAGUCUUGUGGGCCGGCCUAUGAUCAUCUUGAACUCUUUUGAAGCUACCACAGAACUCCUUGAUGAUCGAUCUACUACGUACUCUGAUCGUCCACGUUUUCCUCUGAUCGACUUGAUCGAUCACGAAUUCAAUUUUGGAUUUAUGGCUUUUGGACAGCAAUGGAAGACGAAUCGGCGUCUCUUUUCCAACCAGUAUAAUAAGAAUACAGUUCACACAUUCGAGCACGCCUUUCGUGCUUCUGUUUCGACUCUACUCAGAAACCUGCUACGCGACCCUGAGAGCUUCGCGGAUCACCUGAGACUACACGCAGGACAAGUGAUCCUUGAUGUAACCUACGGCGUGACGGUUACCUCUCGCGAAGAUCCUUUGAUCCGAAUUGCCGAAGCCGUCAUGGACGCUACCUCGGUCGCAAUCAGUCCUGCCAUGUGGGUUCUCAAUCCAAUCCCUAUAUUGCAAUCUCUUCCAACAUGGCUCGGAGGAGAGAAUUUGUCUCGUCGGCUCCGGCAAUGGCAGAAAGACAUACGCGAUCUCCAGGAUGUACCGUUCGAGAGGGUCAAGGCUUCUUUGGUUACAAGAGACGUCAGGCCAUCUUUCACGUCAAUCUUGUUGCAGGAAGACGACAGUGCAGAACAAGAGAAUAUGAUACGCCAAUGUGCUGCUGUGGCAUAUGGAGCUGCUUCCGAUACAACUGUCGCGGCCGCAGUAGUAUUUUUUCUUACAAUGGCCCUUUAUCCGGACGUGCAAAAGAAAGCACAAGCCGAAAUCGAUCGCGUCGUUGGGUCAGAUCGUCUACCGAACUACACCGACCAGGGCGAGCUUCCUUAUGUUACCGCGGUGUUAAAAGAAGUUCAAGAAAUAUUCAAUUUUCUGCCAGGCCUUCCACAUAUGACUACGAAGGACGACGAGUACAUAGGGUACCGGAUUCCGGCUGGAAGCAUCGUCGUGGGAAAUAUCUGGGGGAUGUUACACGACCCAAGGAUGUAUCCCGACCCGUCCGUGUUUGACCCUGAACGAUACCUUCACGCUGGUCGACUUGACUGCAGCACCAAUGAUCCUUCACGAAUUGCGUUCGGAUUCGGCAGGCGGUCGUGUCCAGGGAAGAACUUUGCUGAAACAUCGCUUUGGCUCUUGGUUGCUCAAUGCUUGGCCGUGUACUCGAUUUCUCCGGCUGAUGAGAAAGCGGCUCAUAACCUGGACUUUACGUCCGGUGCUAUUUCGCACCCUAUCCCGUUUCCUUGUAUCAUAAGGCCGAGGUCAGAAAGCGCGAGAAUGUUGCUGGAGAACAUCAGUGCCGACUUAUGA